UAAAUAUUUUAUAAAUGUGGUAUAAUGUUUGACAAUUAAUGGUAUGUUUUGGAUCUAUAUAUUUAUCAUCUUAGGAUGAUCAAAGUGUUAGCGUAGAAAAUAUUUUUGGUACUAGCUAUCAUAAUAUUCUAGCCAGCCAAAAUGGUGCAAAACUAUGAUGAUGAUGAGAGGAUUGAUGAUGUUAAAGAGCAUGUUGAAUCAGGACCAGAUUCUGAUUCAUUCAUAGCUGGGAAAAUCAAGGCAACAUACUACAACAAAAAAGAUGCACCACUAACAAAAACCAAUUUCAAAGUAUUAGUAGAAUUAACAGGAUCUGAAGCAGGGGAAGAUAGACCAGGGGUUGACAUAAUUUUGGUCUUAGAUGUUAGUGGUAGCAUGAAAGGAGAAAAAUUGGAUCACUUAAAAACAGCAACAAAAUUCUUAGUAAAAAAACUUAGUCCAAUUGACCGUCUCUCCGUCAUCAAAUUCUCGAAAGAGGGCAUAAGGUUAUGCCCUCUGCGAGUGAUGACUAGAGAGGCUCGAGAUAAUAUUGAAGAUGUUAUUAAUGAAUUGGAAGCCGGUGGCGGAACCAACAUAACGGCGGGUUUAGAGGAGGCUUUACAAGUGUUGAAUGAUCGAAGAUUCGUUAAGGGACGUGAGGUCGCGGUUAUGCUUAUGUCAGAUGGUAACCCAUAUCCACAUGAAGCGGAUGGGAGUCAAGUUGAUGUUGGAAAUGUGCCUGUUUAUACAUUUGGUUUGGGACAAGAUUAUCACCCUAAGGUGCUACAAAGUAUUGCCAAGAGAAGUAAAGGAGGAACAUUCUCAACAGCAGAUGUUGAAAACACAGAAACAAGCAACUUAAGCAUAGCAUUUGCCCAGUGUUUAGCAGGAUUACUUUCUGUUGUUGUUCAAGAUUUGACGUUGACAAUCACUAAACAAAAAUCACAAAUCAAUGAGGUUUUUGCUGGAACUUACCCUCAAUCAAGGGAUGAUUCUGAAGGUUCUGUUACUAUUUCUUUUGGUAAUCUUUAUAGUAAAGAAGUUCGUAGCAUUUUGGUGGAUCUUGUUCUUGAUGAGGUCAAUAAGCCUAAGGGAACUGAUGUUCUUGAGUUCACAUACUCCUACAAACCACCAGGUGGUGAGAAACCAUAUGAUGCGCCACCGGUGUUUAUCACCGUAAGCCGAACCGGAACACCAUCGGAACAAGAGAACCCAGAGGUACUAACGGAAGAAGCCCGUCAACACACAGCACAAAAAAUGAAACAAGCCCAAGUACUCGCAGAUGACAAGAGAUUCGAUGAUGCCAAACUUACGCUAAACGAAGCAAAAACAAAUCUCGAACGCAACGAACUUGAUCAAUCAAACCCAAAAAUCAAAUCAUUACAAUCAGAAGUAAACCAAUUCUUGAAAUUGAUGGAAUCACCAGAGAUUUACGAAAAACUCGGUCGAGCAUUCGCAUUUGCUGCCGAACUUUCUCAUUCGUUGCAAAGAUUUGCUACGAGAGGUGAUGUGAAUGAGCUAAGAAUCUUCGCAACUGCAUCAAUGGAUCAGUUUUUGGAACAAGUUAAGAAAUAUGAAGUAAAUCCUGAAGAACCUGUUCCUACUCUCGCUGAUGAUUUGAAGGAAAGGAUUGAGAAUGAUUUAAUGAGGGAUGGUGUUUAUGGUGGUGAUGAUCAUGGUUAUGGAAAUGUGCAGAUUGAUGAUGGGAUUGUCCAGUUUUUUAGAGGUGUUCAUGGGUUCUUCAAGUCGUUGUUGAUUAAGGUAGUAAGCUUGUGCAACAACAAUUAAAAUGUUUGAAUGUUUAAGUUUGUUUUUGAGUGUACAUUGAAUUUGAUUUGAGUUUUCAUGUUUAAACUAUUUGUACUAUAAUAAUGUGUUUACAAAUUGUUAAAUGAGACGGUCUCAUGAUGAGAUAAUAUUUAUUGGGCUGGUCGUGAUCAUUUAAAAAAAUUAGGCUAAUUAUAUAGGCCCGUCUCAUACAAGAUGAGUUGUAAUGUGUUUUGUUUUUGGAUUGUAUACUUGUAUGUUAUUGUAUUCAACAAUCUCUUGAAGAUAAAUUUUAUUUGUCAAUUUUAUUGUAUUCUCGAGUAAUUUAAAGUUAAUGAGUAUAAUAAAAUUAACGAAGGGAAUCUUCAUGUCCCUAGU